AUGUUCGAAAACACCUGCACACUGCCGCUGCAUGCGGACAUCUUCACCACGGCGCUGCAUCCAACAGAGCCUCUGUUGACUGUCGGUUUGGCCAAUGGCCUCGUCGAAACGUUUCGACUGCCCGCCAGCAGCUCGUCUGACGAUGGCGCCGAUGGAGACUCGAGCGUGAUGAGCGAUGGGCGCUCAACCAUCAGCUCUGUCUGGCGCACCAAGAGACACAAGGGAAGCUGUCGCUGCCUGGCAAACUCCCACGAUGGAAAAUACCAGUACUCUGCCGGCACGGACGCGCUCAUCAAGCACUACGACACUGCAACUGGCAAAGUGAUUUCCAAGUUUGGCAUCCCGACCAAUACCUCCAAGCCAGAUGGCCCGUCAUUGCUACACGUGCUGAACCCGAUGAGCCUCCUCCUGGCCACCGAUACCGGCGCUCUACACAUCAUUGACCUGCGCGACGGUGCGCCAGGCAAGAAGCCCGCGCAAACGCAUUACCCCCAUUCCGACUAUGUGUCGUCCAUCACGCCCCUGCCGCCGUCCGAGGAGAGCACCAGCGGCUUCCCCAAGCAAUGGGUCAGCACGGGCGGAACCACUCUGGCUGUCACAGAUGUUCGACGAGGAGUGCUGGUACGAAGCGAGGAUCAGGAGGACGAGCUUCUCAGCUCUUGCUUCGUGCCGGGUCUGGGUCCGAAGAAGAAUAGGAACAACGGCGUCAUGGUCGUCGGGUCUGGUUCCGGCGUGCUGACCAUGUGGGACAAAGGAGCUUGGGACGACCAGCAAGAGCGCAUCAUUGUCGAUCCUGUCAAGGGUGGCGGCGAGAGCAUCGAUGCCGUUGUCAUGGUGCCCAAGGAGCUGGGAGUGGGAAAGAAGGUGGUUUGUGGCGUCGGCGACGGCUCUCUGAGAAUCGUCGAUCUCGUACGAAGAGAGGUGGACACGACGCUCAACCUGAGGCACGACGACGUGGAGGGCGUGGUUUCGCUGGGAUUCGACUCGGAGAAUCGUCUGAUUAGCGCGGGCGGCCGUACAGUCAAAAUCUGGGAGGAGCUGUCGGAGCUUCAGGGCGGCGACACCAAUAGUGAGGGUGAGGACGAUGAAGAGGACGACUCGGACUCGGACGAGAAGCCAAACGGCAAGCGGCCCAUGCUCGACAGCGACAGUGACGACGACAGCGAUGACGGCGUGGAGGAGAUGAAGCAGCGGGCUAAGCGACGACGCGAGAUGCAGCAACAGAAGCUGGGCCCCAUGGGCGCUCAUGGCAUCUUGGGCUUUGAUGGACUGGACUAG